GAUGCAAAGAAACCUAAACCUACUCGUGGUGCAAAAGCAUGCAAGAAUUGCAGAAGAUUAAAGAUGAGAUGUGUAGGUGCAGAAAGUGGUCCACCAUGUGAUCGUUGCAAGAAUACAAAUCAUGAAUGCAUAUUCGAAGAAUCAAAUCGUGGCAAGAAAUCCGGAAAGUAUCAGAGAACAGAAGCAAUGGCUGCUAGCCUGCGCAAGAUGGAAGCAACAAUGUCUUCUCUCAUUCAGAGCUUGAAAGACCCUUCAAAAGCAUUCAGUGCAUCUGCCGGGAUCAUGACUAGAAGCCCAACUCCUGAAGGUGGUGUGAUGGCCGGCGGAGCGCGAUUCGUGGAACCAGAACUGCCGCAAAGAAAGCAGAGAGCAUCAUCUCCUAGAUUGCAUAGCCUGCCCGAUAAUACACUCAACCCUCUUGGUCUUCUAGCCGAAGCAACAAGCUCAGCACGUAGCGAAGCAGGAAGGGAAAAGGUUGAAACACCAAAAGUGGGAGUCGCUUCAGAAACAUAUUUCAAACCUGGUCCUAUGACAAUUUUACCAUUGAGAAAGAUUGUUAUCGAACGCGAACUUGCGCCGGAUUUGCUCACUCAAGGAAUUGUUACUUCGGAAGAAGUAUUGGAAUUAUUCCAAGUCUUCUUCCAUAAUUGCAGUCAACACGUCGUACUCUUUGAUCCUGAUUGGCAUACACCUACGAUGGUUUGUGGCAGAAGUCCGUUCUUGUUCACUGUGAUUUGCACGAUUGCAUCCAAGUACUACAAGAAGAGGCCCGAUUUGCAUCAGCAAUGCCUUGAAGUUGUGCGGAAAUGCGCUUAUGUGGUGAUGAGCAGAGGAUUCAAGAGUGUUGAAAUUGUACAGGGAUUUUUAUUGUUGUCCGUCUGGCAAACGCCUUCUCAACGAUUUGAAGAAGACAAAACUUGGUUGUUCAGUGGUGUUGCGAUUCGUAUGGCAACAGAUUUGAACUUGCAUCGUAAAUCUAUGGCAUCAAUACCAAAUACAACCGAUUCUGAAGAUCCUGCUGUUUUGGAGCGCGAACGAGAGAUCAUCAAUCGUGAAAGAACAUGGUUGUUCUGCUUCUGUGUGGAUCGUUCGAUCAGUGGACAAAUGGGAAAACCCUGGACGAUCAGAGAAGAUUGGAUCAUUCGCAAUAGUCGUCAUUGGGGCAUGCAAAGAUUGAGCAAGUUAUACGAUAUGGGUUUGUCUGCUUUGGUGGAACUUUUGCGGAUUUCAACGAGACAGUUCGAUUUCCUCUUUUCAUCAACGACGACCGUAUCGGGACUGAACACAGAGAUUGACUACAACACCACCCUGAGAAUCUUCAAUGAACAGUUGAAUGAAUGGCAUGAUCUCUGGCAAGCACUGCCAAGCAUUGAUGCUGAUCAUGACCGCCGCACUAUGCACUUUAUCACCAAGCAAGCGCCAUUGCGGUACAAUUAUGCCGUUUUACUGCUCAACAGCUUUGGUUUGCAACAUGCUAUGGAUUUCCCCAAAAGAAGUGGAAUGGACAAAGGAAUCUACCUUUCAAAAUGUUUGGAAGCAGCCAAGAAAGUCGUUCAGGCAGCAUGCGAAGGAAUGCGACCUGUUCUAAGCUAUGCUCCUGAUACGCACUUUAUCAUCCUUGCAUAUGCAUGCGUAUUCUUGCUCAAAUUGACAAGACCUGCUUUUUCUGCUUUCGUUGAUGAAGAUGAGAUCAUCAAUAUUGUUACUACUUGUGCUGAUACGUUAGAAGAAGUUUCUAUGGAUCCAACGCAUAUGCCAAUGCUUUAUGCAACCUUUUUACGUGCUCUUUUGCAAUCUAGACAAGAACGUUCGACAAGAAGUGGUGCAACGACUCCUUACAAAAGUGGAGCUGCUUCUCCGAUUGAUUCUACAGGACAAGAUGAUGCAGCUAUUUCAUCGAAUGGACCUAAUCCUGAAAAUAUUGCUAAUAGCCUUCAAGGAAUGUCAAAUGCACAAGAUAUUCAGAAUGCAGACCAGGCAUUUAUCAAUGGGCAAUCUAUUCAUUCUAAUCCUGCUUUGCGCGCCGAUCAUAUCGACCAAUUGCUUAAUGAAAGCUUCUGGAGUACGUUGCUUCCACCUGGCUUUGGUGGACCUUUGGAUGGAUUGGCGAAUGGAAUGGUA